AACCUUAUCCUUAUUAGAUUUAACUUCGACCGUAGCUAGAAGCUAAAUUAUACUUGUUGUUGAGCUGUAGAAGUGCAGCUAUACUUAUAUGGUGAUUUUUAAAAGGUUGAUAAUUGUUUAUUAUUUAUUUAAGUGAGAGGAUGUCGCCCAGGAAAAUCGGUUCAGAUGACUGAAUCUGAAGUGCGUGGACUAUGCCUUAAAUCAAGGGAAAUAUUUUUACAACAACCCAUACUACUUGAACUAGAAGCUCCUUUAAAGAUUUGUGGUGAUAUUCAUGGACAAUAUACAGACUUGCUUCGCUUGUUUGAAUAUGGUGGAUUUCCUCCAGAAGCAAAUUAUUUAUUUUUGGGUGAUUAUGUAGAUCGUGGUAAACAGUCCUUAGAAACAAUAUGCCUGCUCUUAGCCUAUAAAAUUAAAUAUCCCGAAAAUUUCUUUUUGCUACGUGGCAAUCAUGAAUGUGCAUCUAUUAAUAGAAUAUAUGGUUUUUAUGAUGAAUGUAAAAGAAGAUUUAAUAUCAAAUUAUGGAAAACAUUUACAGACUGUUUUAAUUGUUUGCCAAUUGCUGCAAUAAUUGAUGAAAAGAUAUUUUGUUGUCAUGGAGGCUUGAGUCCUGAUUUACAAGGAAUGGAACAAAUUAGGAGAAUUAUGAGACCUACUGAUGUACCUGAUACAGGUCUUUUGUGUGACUUACUGUGGUCAGACCCUGAUAAAGAAGUCCAAGGCUGGGGCGAAAAUGACAGAGGCGUCUCGUUUACGUUUGGCCCUGAUGUGGUAGCAAAAUUUUUGAAUAGAAAUGAUCUUGAUCUCAUCUGCCGUGCUCAUCAAGUUGUUGAAGAUGGUUAUGAAUUCUUUGCCAAGAGACAACUAGUAACAUUGUUCUCUGCUCCCAAUUAUUGUGGUGAAUUUGAUAACGCAGGCGGAAUGAUGACUGUUGAUGAGACACUAAUGUGCUCUUUUCAGAUAUUAAAACCAUCUGAGAAAAAAGCCAAGUACCAAUAUCAGGGUUUGAAUUCUGGACGCCCAGCGACGCCUCAGCGCAAUCCUCCUACCAAGAAAAAGUAAAAGGAAAUGUUCCUUUGCCAUAGAAAUUAUUCCAGUAUAUAAAUUUCAUUUUCUUCUAUUACAGAACUAUCAUACAUUUGAAUAAGAUUAAAACAAUAGGCAGAAAAACGUACACCAUCAUUGGUUCACGUGUGUCGUUAUUAAAGAACGUUCGUUUCAUUUAUUAAUCGUUUAAGUGCUUUAAAAAGUUUUACUAAAGUAUUAUUUAUUUAUUUAAUUCGGUUUUUUGUUGCUGGUUCGAUGUUGACUGAAUUUAUAAUUAAAUUCAGAUUGUUUAUUAUUGGUAGUUUGCAUUUAUGAAAUAGAGACCAGUAUUAGAUUUUACUUUAAAAUUAGAACAGAAAAGAUUGAUGCUACUAAAAACGUUAAAAUGUGGUAUUUAAGUUGGUUCUAUUUUCUUCUAAAAUACAUGGGAAUUCUUACGAAAUACUGUAAGAGCAGACAUAAUUUAUAUAAAUGUAUUAAUAUUAAUACAUUUUAUGCUGAUGAAAAUAUUACAGUUCGCAUUUUCGAUCAAAUCGGCAAUGGAUCCUAUAUUUUUCAACAGGCUCCAACUUUGUGGUUUUUAAUUGGCAGCAAGUACUAUUUAAAGAUCUCCUUGUAUAUUUAUUUACUUUUCAAAAAUACGAAAACGUUUUCAACGAUUUAAAUAAGCUUUUGGAUUUUCUUUAUAGUAGCAUCAUUUUUUUUUUUUUUAAUGCUAAAUAGGACUUCAAACCAUUUUAGCUUAUGUAAUAUUUCUUAAUGAUUUUUUCAGUUUCAAUAUAAAUACGUUUUUCAUUGGCGAACAAAGCAGAACUAUUUUGCCUUAAUUGGCCGUAACGUGAAUAACCUCGCAUGCUUUGUAAACGCGAACUACAAGUUGCUUGUAAAUAGAUGUAUGCAAUACUAAUUUCUAACUUUGUUGCACUGGUAGAGUAAUUUGGUCACACAGAAUGUCAGCUUUUGGGUGUAUUUAAAUAAAUAGAAAAAGAGUCACUCCCUUCUUGUUAAUUACCAAAGAACUUGUGAUUCAGAACGUCCUGAACUGAAAUAGUAGGUUAAAACAACUUAUUUUUAUAAUAAUGUAUUUUCCUUUAAUGAAGACGCGGCGGUAACAUUUUUAAAUGCAAAGUUUAUCUUACUAGUGCACUGUUUUAUUGUCUAUUAGUGUUAAAACUUUAAACCUUGACUUCAUUUGUAAAUUAGAUUAUAAGAAAAUAGAUGUAUAUUUAAGUUAAACUGUCUUUUGCUUUAAUGAAAUAUUUCCAGUAGAAGAGAGUUAAAUAUUUGGACUUAAUUUUACGCCCUUGAUACGUUUCUUGAAGAUACUUAACACGUUAACUGUUGUUUGGAGACUAACCGAAGA